AUGGAUCCUUCAAAAUCUUCUCUGUUAACAUCAGGAUCUAAUAGCAAUGUUAUACACGAAUCGUCAUUGAAUAAUCAAACGAUGGAAUAUAGUAGUGACAGUAAUGCAAAUGAACACUCAGGUACAUCAAUCCACCGUCGUGAUGGUCCAUUGGCACAGCAACUUGCAAACCAACUCUCAAUUGUAACGAAUUCGACAAUAUCGUCGCCAGGCAUUCAUACUCUGUAUAAAGUUUCACCUAAUACAAACCGAAAUAUUGAAGAACAAGAACAAGUCAGUCCAUUGGGUGCUUGGGGUUUUUUACCAUCACCCUCUGAAAAUGAUCAAUCAUCAGAUUGCCAAACAUCUCCUCUGAAAUCUCAUGAUUCGUCACGAGUAUCCGAGCAUAGUUCACCACUCAAAUCCAGCGAUGAGACCAAAACUGAAAAGAUUCCAUUGCACGAAUUCACCAGCAGAACUCUCUUAUUGAUGGUCAAUAAGAGUGUCAAGCUUGAUGCUUCAAGAAGAUCAACAACUUCAACUGAGAGAGAUGAAGGAGAAGAAGUCUAUGAUCACCCCCGAAUUAUUCUACAGAAAAUUCAAUUUGACGACCCAGAACUAUUUCCUCCAGAAUUAACACCUGAUCUAGUGCGAAGAUUAUCACAGGAAAAUACACAACGUUCAACUCGUCCCCGUCGUUCCACUCAUAGCAGUACAACAUCUUUAAACCAAUCGCCGAAGAAAAAACGUCAACGAGCGGAAUCGAACGAUGACUAUAGUUGUGACAAUGAGAAAGAUGAGGACUACGAAGAUCAACCUUUAAGAAAACGAAUACGUCGAUCAGGUGAAGUCAAAUUCAAUCAAAAUACUGCCAAUGAUGCGAUGAGUGCAUUUCAAAAGAAGACUCGUGACCGUCUGGCACACAAGGCGUUAGAUAUCGAUGCGAAUCCACAUGAAAACACAUCCUAUAAACGUUUCAUGAAACUAUUGGAUAGAUUUUAUGAUGAUUACGAACGUCAUCAUCAUCAAAUUGACGAAACACCCGAUGAUCAAUACCUCGAUUUAAUAUUAUCUGAUCAAACAUUAGAAGAAAUGUCCACUCUCUCGGAAAAAUUAAAACUAUCAACUUAUCUCACACGAGUUGAUCCAACUAAACUAAAACGUUUGCUAGAAAUUCUCUCAUUACGCAUUAAACAAGGCAUCGAAUUAAAUCCAAUACUUAAACAUGAUGCCGAUGAUGAAACCAAAAGCACAGAAGAAGAUGAACGUGCUUGGAGAAUCUUAGUAUUCGAACGUUUAACAAUGUGUACAAAUGCAUGUGAAAUUGCUUUGAACAUUAUAACAACACCUCAGAUGUCCAAAGAAAUUCUCAUCGAAAAUGUUAUUGAAUACACUAGUUUGUUCAUCAAGUCUCAAUUAGCGAAAACGAUCUUUCCCGAAUACGAUCCGCUCUAUCGAAGUGAUAAUCAAGCGAAAGAUCCUCUAGUCACCAAACAAAAACGUUCGAAAGUAACCGGGGCAAAAUGCAAACAAGUACAAUUACUCUACAAUAGAUUUGUCACCUUAUUUCAAAGCAUUACAGAUCUGAUACCAUUAGGCAAAUUCACUGAUACAAUUAUUCUUGCCAUAUCUUCAUUUACAGUUAGUUGUAUUUAUGUUGAAAAUAUCUUUGAUUUACAAGCACAUUCACUGAACAUUCUUCCCGAAAUAUUCUCUCGUUAUGAAUAUCACCGUGAUUCCAUUCUCGAUGAUAUUCUUCUAUCCAUUGUGCGUCUACCGACAAGUAAAAAAAGUCUUCGAUGUUACCGUUUGCCAUCGGGUGAAACCAUUCAAAUGUUCACUGCGUUAAUCAUGCAUAUCAUCCACUCACCUGUAUCAACAAUCAAUAACAAUGUAACCGAUACAGCCAAUGAAUUACAUCUCUUGAGUACUUAUUCAACCGCACAAAAUAUCGCAUACAAAUUUCUAACAUUAUUCUUUCGUUCAUGUGGAACGAAACAAGGAGAAGAUGAUUAUCGAAUAAUUUUCGAAAAUUUCUUAGCAGAUUUACUUGUAACUGCUAAUCGACCAGAAUGGCCAGCGUCAGAAAUCCUUCUCACACUGUUGUCGAGAUUAUUAAUGAAGAAUUUUUCCAAUACAUCAGUACCGAUACAGGUGCGUUUGCAAUCAUUAGAUUAUCUUGGUUCUGUUGCUGCUCAAUUGAGAAGGGACACGAUUGCAAUUGAUGUUUUGAAUUCUCGUGAAAGUCAAGCUCGACUCGAUCAUAUAGUAAAAAAAACUCUAGCAACCAUCGAAACAGAUGAAGAUAUUUUAGAAGUAUAUAAAACUGAUCCAUUACGUUAUCAUCGUAGUUUGAUCAUUUAUCUAAAUGAAUUCAGUCAAAGCGAACCAACCUGUCAAUUUUCUAAAAUGUUUCACGUUGGUCAAUGGGUUCACGAUGUUAAUUUAACUAUUGAACGAUUGACUCAAACUAUAACUCGACGAGCAAAGCCUUCAACAGCACAUGCUGAAAUCGUUUAUGAUGACAUGGAUGAAUCAAUGAAUCGAAAGAAUACGGAUUCCACAGCGACGAUUACCGAUGAUAUUGAAUUGAAGAAAGGCGAAAAGAUAACGAUACUUAAGAUGCUCAUCUUACCAGUAGUUAUUCGUAAACAACAACGAUAUAUCUCUGAUAUAGAUUACGAUGAUAUUUGUCUAUUGAUGCGCUAUCUAACAUUGAAUCGACCAUUUUUGAAAACGUUUGACAUUUAUUUAAAACAAUUAGCUGCUGUUUUUCAAUCCGAAGCAGGAACAAAUAUUCGUAGUAAAGCAAUGAAAUGUCUAUGUACAGUGGUCGAAGCUGAUCCAACGAUUUUAGCACGAAAUGAUAUCAAAUCAUGUGUACAAGUUGGGCUGACAGAUAAAAGUGUUAGUGUACGAGAAGCAGCGAUUGAUCUUAUUGGAAGAUACAUCGUUCAAAAACAACAACUAAUUUUACAAUAUUAUGACGUACUCUGUGAGCGAAGUAUUGAUACAGGUGUUAGUGUUCGUAAACGUGUCGUAAAAAUCUUUCGUGAUGUUUGUUUGAAUCAAUCAGAUUUCGUUCGUAUACCUGAUAUAUGUUCACGUUUGUUGCGACGUAUCAACGAUGAAGAAGUAAUUCGUAAAAUUGUUCUGGAAACCUUUCAACAAGUUUGGUUUACACCAACACGUAGUCAAUACGAUAUUCGGCGACGUGUUCAAAUCAUCAUUGAUGUUUUGAUUGAUGCACAAAAACAAAACCAUACUUGGUUAGAGAAUUUGGUCAAAGAGCUUCUUCAUGUCAAUGAAAAACAAUCUAGUGAAGAAAAACGUAAAUUUCUCGAACAACGAAAAGACACUCUAAAAGCAAUACAGGCCAUUAUCGAUGAAUUAGUCGAAUCGAUCCUAAAAAUCGAAUCAGCCAACGAUCAAAUUUCAUCGAACAAAAUGGUAGCAACAUUUGUUGCACUAUAUGCACUUGGAAAAGCGAAACCUGAACAUGUCCUACCACACGUCUCGACUAUUGUUGAAUAUUUGAAUAUCAAAUGUACGUCUUACAAUGAUAAUGUCAUUGUCCAAUAUGUAGCGAAAAUUCUUGAAUUUACAAUUCCAUUGAUGAAGUCAGCUUCGUCGAGCAUCAUCUACUCGUUAGAAGGAAGUCUAACGAAAUUAUUACUUGUCAGUGGUCAACUAGUUAUUCAUUCAAGCAUUGCUUGUCUAUCCGCUGCUAUUCGACUUUCGAAGAAUUAUCCAUUAGUAAAAGAAGUGUUUACGAGAUAUCAUUCAUUUGUCAUUCAGUGUCAAGAGAAAAUUAUGGAGAAACCAGACGAGGAGUUCAAAUCGAGUGCACAAUUGGCAAGAUCAAUUUACAUUUUGGGCGUUCUUUGUAAAUACUUUGAUGUUGAAAAAAGUGAAUAUGAUGACUUGCAGUUUUCUGUCGAUGAUCUUUUUCAAUUAUUUAUGUUUUUCAUUCAACGACCUGAAUCGAUUGUCAAAUUAAAAGCUCUGGUUGGUCUUGGCUAUUUUCUUCAACGUUAUGGUCAAUAUUUAGUUGAAGAUGAUGUUCGUCAACUCUACCAUUCUUAUCUUCUCGAUCGUCGUCCAUCGGCAGCUCAACUACGAUGUCAAGUAUUGAUUAACUUGGAAGAUUACUUUCGUGAUUGCAUUCGUCGUAUGGCAGAACAAGAUGUGGAUUAUCUUCAAACAUCUACUACGGUCACAACUGUCGCUAGUGAAGAACAUCCAAGUGAAACUCAUGCAACAACUGGUGUCAAUCUCAAAGAUACAACUGAUAUGCACUCGGAAAUGGCGAGUUCGAUAGCGCAAUGUUAUUUACGUGUCGUCUUAGAGACUUAUUUAAGUGAAGAUGACAUCAUUCGACAAUGUGUUCGAAAAGUAGUCACGUGUAUAUUGGAACAAGGUCUUGUACAUCCAGUGCAAUUCAUACCUUUUUUGAUUGCUAUGACCACAGAUCGUGAUACAAACAUUCAACAAAGUGCAGAACAGAACUUACAAGAUUUAGACAAAACAAAUCCGGGAAUAAUUCAAACAAAAGUUAUGCCAGGAUUGAAAAUGAGUUACCAAUUACAAAAACUACUUAUAGGACCAAAGAAUAACAACUCGUCAUCAGACCCACAAGCAGACAUCAUUCGAGGCAUGACCAAAGUGCCGAUAGCUUCAACAAAUAAUCAGCAGUUACCAUUUUGUUCUGUUAAUCAUUUUCUUUAUUCUUUGAUUCGUUCUUCUCGUGUGUAUCGUCGAGCGUUGAUAACUCAACUGUUGAAAAUGUUUGAUACGGAUGUAAAUACGUCGUCAUUAACACUCGAAGAACAGCUAUUCGUUGCAGAUAAUCUCGCUUAUUUUCCUUACCAAGUUCAAGAUGAACCAUUAUUUAUCGUCGAACAGAUCGAUCUUGCUAUCAGUGUCAGUGGUUCCACACAAUUACAACAAUUUCGCGAUCUAUUAAAACAACAUCUGAAUUAUAACGAUGAUGAUGAAAGUGUCGAUAUGAAUAAAGUUGAGACGAAAUUACUUGAAGCACCUGAAACAGUUAUCACUGAAUUAAAUCAAUGUUUACUUUCGACAAAAUCCUCGUUGUUAUUAUUAUUAUUGAAAUCUUAUUUAAAAGAUCUGUAUUAUUUGAAUGAUACGAAAAUCAUUGAAUACGAUCAUACAGAAUCGAGUAAAAUUACUGAUCGACCUAUCGCGACACGAAAGAUGAAUGUAAAAUUCGAACCGAAAUCUAUUCUUGAUACAAUCAAACCGAUGGACACUCAGGAUAAUCUACAAAAGCGCAAACAAAUUAUAAAAGAUUUCGGCGAUUUCAAACGUUAUUUACUGGCAUCUGAUAUGGAUAUUGAAGAUAAUAUUCAAUCGAUAAAUGAGUUAUUACCAGCAACAAUAUCGACACCAAAAGGAAAGAAGAAGACUGGCAGAACAAGUAGACGACGUAAAGUCAUGAUUGACUCUGAUGACGACAGUACCAAUGGAGAUUCUUAG